CGAUAACUAAAAUAACAAUCGCACUGACGGGUUGCCCAAAAUAAACACACAAAUCCGCUGAUAUUGCGGGAAAACUAAAACUGUGCCCUCCUUUCCCAUGUAUCCCUUCGAUACAAAUUAGCUUUGGUCGGCAGUUGCUGUGACCACGACUACGACCUCAGACGAUGGGCGAUAAUAAAAGAAUAGCGACGCAACUGCGCCGUAGUGUGCACCAAUGCCUCGAGGACUAUCCGUACAGCAGGGCCAGCGAGGCCCAAAGCAACCUGCAGGCCAGCUGCAAAAACUCGCUGAGCUUUGUGCAGCGACUGGGAUUGCUGCAGACCCUGUAUGUCCAUAAUGGAUGCGUGAACACGGUUAAUUGGAACGCCAGUGGCACGCUUAUCGUCUCGGGCUCCGAUGACAACCAUUUGGUGGUCACCGAUGCCCACAGCGGGCGGGUGCUGGCUAGGAGCAAGACCCAGCACAAGCAUCACAUCUUUAGUGCCCGUUUCAUGCCGCACACCAACGACAGUGCCAUUGUCUCCUGCUCCGGCGAGGGUCUAGUCAUGCACACAGAGUUCCUCACCGAAUACCGUCAAUCCGCCAGCAGGAGGAGCAGCGAGAAGGCGGACGACUGUUGUCUGGUCGGUGAAAAUGAGCGCACUACCAAUACCUUUGACUGCCAUAAGUUUGGUAGCACCUUCGAUGUCCUGCCACUGCCCGAUACUCCGCGCAGCUUCCUCAGCUGCGGCGAGGAUGCCACAGUCCGCUGCUUUGAUCUACGCGUGUCCUCCAGUUGCUCCGAGCGCGUCUGCCAGAAGCAUAUAUUCAUAACGGCACCCUGUGCCGUAACGGCCAUGGAUGUGGCUCCCAUCAGCCACCAUACAGUGGCCAUUGGCUGUUCCGAUUCGAUAGUUCGUCUCUACGACAGGCGCAUGCUAGCCGGAGGAGGAGGAGGAGGAGGGGCAUCGGACAGCUCCACGAUGAUGCCCUAUAAGGCGUAUCCCAUACCCAUGGAGUAUACGCGUCGUCACUAUCGUCCCACAUGCGUCAAGUUUAGUCCGGACGAGUCCGAGCUCCUGGUCAGCUACUCCAUGGAGCAGCUGUAUCUGUUCGAUCUGAGGCAUCCCGGCUAUAGCGAUGCCGAGCUGCUGAAGAGCGGAUGCUACACACCAAAGAUGCGACGCGACGAUGAUCCGGAACCGCAAAUGCCAAGGCUCCGGUUUCGGGGUGAUUGGUCGGACACCGGGCCCAACUCGCAACUAUCGACGGGAGUGCAGGGCGUUAACCAGACCAACAUCGGCCAGGCUCGUCCCGCUCUGGAGCCCGGUGUCUUGAGCCGUCUCAGCGACGAAAUAUUUCGCCUGCUUAACUCGCCCAGUCAAAGGCGUCAGCAGGCCUCUUCUAUGGCAGCACAGCCGGAAGCACCAGGAACCCAGGCACCGGGAAGUGCAGCAUCCGCAGUUAGUAGUAAUGGCCAUCGUACUGGUCCCAGGUCAUGGCAAAAUGCAGUUUUCCGCACCAUGGCAAAUGCGUCUGCAGCCACAGGCGACGGCAGCGGGCAAAGGCCGAGCAGCAGCCCUCCAUCCCGCUCGGCAAGCAAUGAUGAUCUUCCAAAGAGCGAAGGGGAGACGGCCCAGCAGUUUCCCAUCAAGAAAUUCGAUUACGUGAAGAUGUCCUUCAGUGGCCACCGGAACUCCAGGACCAUGGUGAAGGGUGCCAGCUUUUGGGGCGAUGACUUUAUAAUGUCCGGUUCCGAUUGCGGUCACAUAUUCGUUUGGAACCGGGCAACGGGCAAGGUGGUCAAGACUCUGCUGGCUGAUAACCGUGUGGUCAAUCGAGUGCAGCCGCAUCCCAGAUUGCCCUACCUGCUUAGCUCUGGCAUUGACUACAAUGUGAAAUUGUGGGCGCCGAUAGCGGCGGAGCCCCUCUUUGAUGAGGUGGAGUGCGCCGGGUUGAUCAAAAGCAACGAGAUUAUGCUGGUGGAGACGCGAGAUACCAUAACCGUACCUGCCCAGAUAAUGAUUCGAAUACUGGCCAGCUUGCAUCAUGCCGCUGGCAGCGAGUCGAGAUCCCGAGCAGCUGCAGCAGCGGAUUCAAGUUCAAUUGCUGUUGUUAACAGUGACGCCGCCCCAAAUGCUAGUCGUGAUAAUAAUGAAAGUGAUCACGAAAAUAUUAAUAAUGAAGCUAGUAAUAUUCCUGAAAGCGACACGAUCUAAUCCUAAUCUAAAAUCCUAGUUACAUUUUGUUUAUGUAUGCGUAGCACUACCCUAAAUUAUAUGUAUGUACAUAUGUAUGCAUGAAAUGCACAUGAAAAGCACAUGAA